AUUAAGUGAUUUCACUUUAUUCUCCUCCAACAGCUUAGACAUAACCUAUUGAUUUUGGCGACUCAGAGCUUUUGAUGUCUACAUUUGAAGGCUGCAGCAAAACAAAAAAAAAAUCAUAGAGAAAAGCUCUAAAGAGAAGGAUGUUAAAGGCUGCUCGAGAAUCUGCCCAGGAGGAAGCUGCUUCCAACAAUGUAAUUCAGACAGAAGUAUCUGCUCAAGAAUCCACAGAACCUUGGUGGGCUGAUUUGCAAGUUGAAUCGGAUGUAUGGUCUGGAACUGUCCAAUUCAUUCCAAUUCCAGUGGCUCAAGACAAUGAAAUCCAACAUUUUGAUGUUAUCCCACCUGUGAAUAACAUCCCAAAUCUUCCCAUGGUGCAAUUCCCCAUCUCCCAAGUAUCUACUGCACCUAGUACUUACAAGAAAGAGAGGAGGCAGGUUGUGAGGCCAUAUGUCACUUGGGCUACGUGCACACUAAAAUCAAGGUUCAAGAACACUUCAAAUGACCCGUUGCACGUGGACUAAGAAUAAUGUCUUUUUGCUAUUUUUAGUGGGAUUUUUUGGCAUAACUAAACUAGUUUUGAUGGCCAUGUUUUUUUGUUGUUUUUGGUAGGUUUUAUGUACAUGCAUAUUUGGCAAAACUAAAGUACUAGUUUCAAU